AUGGACGACCAACCCCGCUCUCUCAAGGACGUCUUUGCCGACGCCGAAAGCAAACGCCUCUCCCUAGAAAACUCGCCGUUCGCUCCCAACUCGUCCGAAUACGCGGACACGGUAUCGUCCGCGGUGAAGCUCUACCAAGAAUGUCUCGCCCUUGUCGGCGCCCUUUCCAUCUUCAGCCCGAACGAGUCACUCGAGGACGUAUCGACAACCGACCUCCCCUUCUUCCUCAUCAACUUCCACCUUGCCGAGAUCACCCAAAAGCGCCCCUCCUCGUCACCACAAGAGCGCAAGAGCAUCCUCUCCGCCGCCCGCGACGCCUACGAGCGCUACCUCCACCUCGUCGACAGCUACGGCCUGCUCUCGCCCCCCUACAAGAAGCUCCUCGAGCAAUACACCGAGGCCCCCACCACCUUCAGCACCGUGUCCACCUCGGACCCGGAAGCCCGGCGCAACGCCAAGAUUGCAAACUUCCGAGCCGAGAAGGAGCUCCGCAACCGGCUCGAGUUCCUCCGCCGCCGGCCCGAGUACGGCACCGAGGAUGACCGGCACGGCGGCGGCGACGAGGAAGCCGUCCGCCAGGUCCACCUCGCCCACAUCGACUACAGCACGCACAUGACCUUCCAGGCCCUCGAAAGCCUGAAUCGCGAGUGGGAGAUCCUCGCGCUCGCGCCGCCGCCCCGAGACCCACGAGAGGAGGAGCAACAAGAUGCGCGCCGCUGGCAGGGCUCCGCCCCGCUCCGCCCCUCCCGGGCCCUCGGCGGGCCGCUGCUUUCGAAAGACGGGAAGCCGCUGCAGCCCUUCACGCUGCUGAACAACCGGCAGGAGCUGGCCAGGGGCGUGUUCCGGCCGGGCCACAACCUGCCGACCAUGACCAUCGACGAGUACCUGGAGGAGGAGCGGGCGCGGGGCGGCAUCAUCGAGGGCGGCGGCGAGGCGAGCUGGCACCGGCCCGAGCCGGACGAGGACGACAUGGAGCGGGCCGACGCCGAGACCAUGAAGGCGCGCGAGUGGGACGAGUUCGUCGAGUCGAAUCCCAAGGGCAGCGGGAAUACCCUGAACAGGGGGUAA